UUCUAAAGUGAUCUCUGAGUGCUGCGCAUCAUCCAUCAGUCUCCGAGAGUAUUAAAGCUUUUCUCAUAGAAAAUACCUCGCAGUUCACACACCUUGUCUGCUGCCAUUGACUGAUGCCCAGUAAGUCUCUUUAUAGAAAUGAAAAUUCCCUUCCAUUCUCCUUCAAAUCCCGCCCUUCUCUCUUUCUCUCUGAAGAAGAUUCCAAAACAAAUCGCUCGGUGACAAAUCACAGCUUUCAGCUUAGUUUUCCGAGCUAAUAUCCACCGUCCGACCAUCAUCUCCAUAAAAAAACCCCAGAUCCCACCGCAUUUUCCCUUCAUCUCGUCCAUUACAGAUCUCUUCCUCUUCUAGUGUUUGGUAAAGCCUUUGGAGCUUUCUCCUUGUAGCAUUUACACAUCUUAGGUGUAUAUCUCUGGUUUCGGGCCUUUUUUAAAGCGAUUUUAAAACCGUUUGGAUACUUGCCUUUGGAGCACUUGCGGAUCUCCGGAUAAUCUUGCGGGUUCUGCAAAUCAUCGACCAUUAAAGAGAUUUUUGGACCUUUCUGUUUGAGACUCUCCGCAGCCGGACUUUUCCGCAAGAUUUACAGCUUCUGAGCAGCUAUUUCUCUAUUUUCCGCCCUUAAAGUGCUCUUUUUGGGCUUUCUCCCCGUCAAGAUCCUCAGAUCUACCGAUUUUUUUAAAACAUUUUGAUUUUUUCUAUUUUUAUCCGGAAAAAAUGCUUCAUCUUUUGCUGGCGAUUUUCCUCUACUUCUCCGUUUCGGCGCCUUUCUUUCUGGAACGCGCGUCGGCAGGGGACGUGCUAACUUGCGCCAGGGCUGUACGGAUGAGGUACAGGCCGGAGGUGAUAUCAAUAACGGACUUUGGUGGAGUCGGCGACGGGCAGACUCUGAAUACGUUAGCGUUUCGGACGGCGAUAUAUCGGAUCGGGCAUAUGAGGAAAAGAGGCGGGACGCUGCUCUACAUACCGACGGGGGUUUGGCUGACGGGGAGCUUUAACCUCACCAGCCACAUGACAUUGUACUUAGCCAAGGACGCUGUUAUCAAAGCUACUCAGGAUACAACAAACUGGCCGUUAAUUGAUCCUUUGCCAUCCUAUGGAAGGGGGAGAGAGCUACCUGGUGGGAGGUAUAUGAGCUUUAUUCAUGGGGACGGGCUUCGGGAUGUGAUAAUAACAGGCCAGAAUGGGACGAUUGAUGGGCAAGGUGAGGUGUGGUGGAACAUGUGGAGGCAAAGAUCACUCCAAUUCACGAGACCUAAUCUGGUUGAGCUUGUGAAUUCCAAUGGCAUUAUCAUUUCCAAUGUGGUAUUCAAGAACUCGCCUUUCUGGAAUAUUCACCCUGUUUAUUGCAGCGAUGUUGUCAUAAGACACGUCACCAUUUUAGCUCCACCAGACUCACCCAAUACAGAUGGAAUCGAUCCAGAUUCCAGCUUCAAUGUUUGCAUAGAGGACUGCUACAUUGCGACCGGAGAUGAUCUGGUGGCUGUGAAGAGCGGUUGGGAUGAAUAUGGCAUUGCCUAUGGCCGUCCAAGCUCUGGCAUCACCAUCAGGCGGUUGAGUGGUUCGACCCCAUUUGCCGGGAUCGCUAUUGGGAGCGAAACAUCUGGUGGGGUAGAGAAUGUUUUGGCAGAGAAUGUGAGCCUCUUCAACACAGGUGUUGGCAUCCAUGUGAAGACGAACAUUGGCAGGGGAGGGUUCAUUAGGAAUAUAACGGUGCAGGAUGUACGCAUGGACAAUGUGCGCAAAGGGAUAAAAAUAGCAGGCGACACGGGUGAUCAUCCCGACAACAAUUUCAAUCCGAAUGCACUCCCGAUCGUUGAUGGGGUUACGUUAAGGAACCUUUGGGGUGUGAACAUUCAGCAGCCGGGUGUAAUGCAAGGGUUAAAGAACUCUCCAUUCACUCAGAUAUGCCUCUCGAAUGUUAAUUUUGGUGGUGUUGGUUCGGGUGGUACAGGGACAGUAUGGAAGUGUGCAGACAUCAGCGGUGCCGCCCUUGGAGUAGAGCCAUCGCCGUGCCCAGAAUUGACCAGCACCCAUGGGAAUGUUGGCUUCUGUUCUGUUCCUAGCUAAGACUCAUUAGAAUCUAUUCUACAAGAACAAAAAUUGUUUUUUUUCUUCUUUUUGUAUGGAAAUAAAGUGCAGAUUUCCUUCUCA